GAGUCCGUGUACGACUCAAGAAUCGUCGAUCUUCUCGACGUUGUCGAUCCAGAGGUCUCCACUCUGACGUCCAUCACCAACCUCCAGAACUCACUGUUCAUACCAAGUCUCGGCCGAUGGGUCAACCGCCGACCAACAUACAAUGUCUCUGCCUGGGGGCCGCCGCCCGUGCCUGGAGAUUUCCCAGAGUCGCUUGCGAGCAUUGCGGAGCAUCAGUCGCACCCCACAGAUCAGGAACAACGGCCCUCUGCUGGCCGCGCGUAUAGCAUCACGUCCGAAAUCGAGGACACUCACUAUGCCGUUCUUCCCCACGGCGCCUCGCUUGAGGGCUGGACCAAGGAGGAGGUCGACCAGCUGAACGACCACGUCCGCCACAUGCUUCACUCCCGCCGGUCCAAAUUCAAACGUGGCUUGAAAGGUUUCGGCAGUUACGUCCGUCGGCCGCUGGGAUUCUUCGUCACCCUUUACGCCACACUCAUCACGCUUUUUGGUCUAGCCUGGGUUUUGUUUCUGAUCGGCUGGAUCAACGUGGGGGGAAAGCAGCUCUAUCUAAUCAACAUCAUCGACUACACUCUGGUGGCGCUCUUCGCCAUCGUCGGCGACGGCUUGGCACCCUUCCGCGCCGUCGACACAUAUCACAUGAUCUUCAUCGCCCACUACCACCGUGUGAGCUGGAAGCUGCGCGAGAAGCUCCUCUUGCCGGAGCUGCGUGACCAUAAUGACCUGCCCACCGAGGCUGUGCUGCCCGACCUCGAGUCCGCGCCCGACACGGCUAGCAUCCGCUCGCUGGCGCCCGGCGAGGAGUUCUCGGUGCUCAAUCCGAAGCAGCAGGAGAGGCUCACCCACCACUCCGAGAAAUACGCCAAGUCACACACCUUCUAUCGCCCACACGAGACGGAGACCCACUACGCCUUUCCCCUGAAGCUCCUAGUCGCCAUCACCGUACUGCUCGACCUGCACAGCUGUCUACAGAUCUCGCUGGGCUCAGUCACGUACGGCAUCAAUUACCAGGACAGGCCUUUCGCCCUCACCACCGUCAUCCUGUGUUGCUCUAUCACCGCCAACGCCACCGCAGGACUGUUGAUCUGGAUCGGGGACAAGCGCACGCGGAAGAAGGACGUCAUUGAGAGGAUGACGAGGCAGGAGCUGACCGAAGAGGCCAUGCACAAGGUGAAGAAGCAGAACCAGAAGGAGGCCGAGAAGGCAGAGGCCAAAAAGGAG